CGCGAAAAGGCUGAGAUAGCGCAUUUACCUGCGGGGAGCGGGUACAGGUGCGUUGUGCAACGGGGGAUGAGCAGCAAAGCACGAGGCAAAGGCGUUGGCUGGAGGCUGGAAAAGGCACUCGGGACUCCAGGGAGCCUCCAGGGGCUGGGAUGGGAAUCCAGCCAGGAAUGAGCUGAUCGGGACCAUCCCGUGCUUCCAAGUGGUUUUUCCACCUAAAUUUUCCCUUUAUUAUGAGCUGCUCUUCACGGUUCCUGUUCUAGAUCUGUGUUUCUCCUGGCAAUGGAGGUGCCCUUUGUGCUUCUCCUAACCAGGCUCGUGGCAGAAGUUGCCGGAAAAUCCACGGAAAACUCGGUGCCAGACCCGGAAUGUUGUGUGGAAACGUUGGACUCCAACAGCUCCUGCCCGGUCACACAGCAGUGCAGCCCAGGCUGCUACCGGCGCUGGGCCGAGGACGGGAGCAGCAGCUGCGUUCGCUGCCGCAACGGGAGCGACCUCGGCGACUGCAGCGCCCCUGGGAGCCGAGGGAUGAGCCCCGAGAGGAACGGGAGCGCGGCCACGGCCCUCGGCCACGGCUUCGGGGGUCCGGAAGUCGCCGCUUCCCUGAUUUUGGGGACGUUUUUCCUCAGUUUAUUCCUCAUCCUCUCGGUGGCUUCGUUUUUCUACCUCAAACGAACCAACAAACUCCCAAAGGUUUUCUACAGGAGGAACAAAGCAUCUGUUCUCCAACCCAGUGAAACUGCAUCCAUGAUCCCUCCUCCGACUUCUUCAGUGCGGAAGCCGCGCUAUGAGCGCCGCGAGCGCUCCGGCCCCGCCGACAGCCGCGUCAGCCACGUCUGA